AACCUCAUUUGAUAUAAAAAAAUAUAAUAAUAAAAAAAUAGUUUAAAUGGAAUAGAAUAUGAUAUGUAAAAGUUGUAACAUAGUAACCAUCUCCACGAAAUAUCAACGUAGGAUAGAUGAAUUAUAGAUAUUUAGAUGGCAGAUUUAACUGCAAAACUGGUUUUUUAUCGUAUAAAAGAAACUAUACUAAAAAUAAAAGAACUCCUUACUAACCAUCAGCAAUUAUUAAACGUUGAAAAUGAAUCGACACCUUCAAAUUCAUCUAAUUACUUGCUUGCUAGGUUCGAUUUAUUAGAUCUGCUAUUGGUCUUUUGGAUUCUAUUGGCCAUUUUGGUAAUAUUACUCGUAUGUAUAGUGUUCAAGUAUUUCAGAGGGGAAAAAGGUAAAGAUUCAGGUAAUAAGGUAGACCAUUCUCACCAAAAAGAUGGAGAUAAACGCAAUGACAAAGAUAGUCAGAAAUAUUAUAAAAAAAAAGAAGAGGGUCAAGGCGAAAUUUUCGAAGCAAGUGGUGGUGAAAUAUCAGGCGAUAUAAUUGAUGGUUAUGUUAUGAUUCCACCUUCGGAAUGGUUAAUUAAUUUCAAAAAUUGGUUCGAGGAAAACAAGAAAAAUUCUUUAACCUUUAUUCGGCAUUUGAAAUCCCAUAUUUUGAGCGGGCUCAAUCAUAAAGCGCGCAUGUCUAAGGAAAAUGUUCAAAUAACGUUUGAAGACAUAUUAUAUAACUGUGAUAAAGGAAUAUCUAGCAAGGUUAAAAUCAAUCAUCUUACCUCCGAGCCUUCUUCAACAAAUGGCAUAAAAAUGAUCGAUGACAUUGAUGUAACAAAUGUUCACAUGAGAGUAUUUGCAACAGAAAGGUUAGAUAGUAACACAAAAAUGGCUUUAUACAAUAUAUUAUGCAGGAAACUACAUGGACAAUUAAAAAUAAUACUUUACCCAAUACGACGCAUAUAUCACGCCACCGUAACUUUCGAUACUCCUCCCGAUUUAGAUCUCGAGAUCAUAGAAUAUGACGAUGAUUCAAUUACUAAGAACAAAGAAACGAAAUCUAAAUCCAUCCUUAAAAACAAGGAUAAUAAAAUAUACAAUAACAAAUUAAACAUUGAAACAUUGGAUAGGGUUGUCAGAGAAAGCAUAUCUGCUUUUCAAAUGACCAUUGACCUGUCUCAUUUCUACCACGGAGUUACAAAUAACGUUAAACCAUUUCCACUGCCUAUUAUAAAAAAUGGUCUUCCAAAAAAUAUUUCCAAGAUUCUAUGGUUGACUGAAAACAAUCAUAUAUUACUGGAAUCUGAUUUAGACGAAGAACGGAAUGAAAACGAAAUAAAAGAAUAUGGCAUUGAAAAGUAUAAUAAUAUCGAUAAAAAUAUUGUGAUUCCAAGUUACUAUGUCCCUAGAGAUGAUGGAACUUUUGCCUCAUCUCAUGAAUUUUAUCCUCAAAAACCACCCCGUCCAUUUGUACCAGAAUUUGAUGGAAAGAUAUCGAACAAUUUAAAUUCAAAUAAAAAUCUAAUCAAGGCUACAUCUGGGAAAGGCAAUAAUUUACAAAAUUUUAACGAAUCUCCUUAUGCGAUCUCCUUGCAGGAUAAACGAUUUCUUAAUUUGCCUAAACAAUUGUUCGUAAAAAUUGUCAAAGCCAACGGUUUAGGAGAUAUUUUAGGUUGCCAAGAUCCUUACUGUAGUGUAAGUUUAUUGGGUGCUCCUUAUAAUGAAUUCCAGACCGAUGAUAAUCGCGAAAAUAUUCAAAAAUACAAACCGAAUUUAACCAGUUCGCAAAAAUAUAUGACUUCCGUAAUCAAAAAUACUUGUAAUCCAUUCUGGGAUGAAAAUUUUCUUUUUGAGUUAUGGCCCGAUAAUAAGGAUACUAAUAAUAAGGUUACCAAAGAUGAUAAAUCUUCGGAAAAGGAAGUGAUUUGGCCAAAAUUAAAAAUGGAAGUCUUUGAUAGAAGCAAAAAUGUUGGGGAGGAUUUUCUAGGACAAGCCAUGGUUCCUGUAAUAUCCUUAUUGUGCAAUCCCAAUCAGCGUCAAAUCAUUCCAUUACUCUCGAGAUCUGAUCGUACUGAUCCUGUUUCUGGUGCUAUUACUGUCGAGUUUUUAUUGCUAGAUUCGAAUGGUAAUCCAUUGAAUGAAUCAAAAAUGCAUUCUCCUUCAAUUCCGAUAACUUCCACUAAACGUUAUUCUGAAACUAAAUUAAUGAACUUAACUCACUCAAAUUUAUUAGAUAAAGGGCUUCCAAUAGACUCAAAAUCUCCUCAUGAUAUGUCAAUAUCUGAUAAGAAUCCAUCACAAAUUAUAAUUCCUAAUAAAUACACAUGCUUGCACAUAACAGGCAUCAUCAAAAAUUUAAGAGAUGGCCGAAUAUAUGAAGUCGAAGAUAUUGAUGGAAAGAUUAUGCCAUCAAAUAAUUUUAAAGAAAUUUUUAUACCCGACUCUGCUUCCAUGUUAUCCUCAUUAAGAAGAAGUUUAAGUCUGAAUCGAAAACGUAAAAGAAGUAUAAGCAAACAAAGGCUAAACGAAUUAUCGCUAUCUCGCCUGUCCCCCGCGACGGAAAGAAGUCGAAGUGCUGAACCCUCCAAUGACAAAUCAACUCUAUCCAAUAAAAAUCAAAAUCAAGCUCAAAUAUCUUUCACAAAAAUGGAUAACGAUCGUAACCAAAGGACUAUGUCAGCCCCACCGUCUAGCCCUUCAAAUAAGCGCUCGAUCUCUAUCACAUCUCCUGGAACCGAUAGAGGAGGCUACCUUGAAGUACCAGUAAUUGGUAGCGAUGGCAGUAGUCUUCAUAGUCGUUAUUCAUCGGCAACUUUCCUAGUAGAUAACUCUAUCACAGUCUUAGAAGCUACUCAUGGAAAUUUUACUAAAUACUUAAUACUACCCGAUGCUUAUAUGGUAAAUAGUAAAUGUCUUAAAUUUAAAGGAAAUAAGUUACACAUUUACAACGAUCAUGCAUUUGUUGCCCAAAGAAUAGCCCGGGAUGAAACAUGUGAUGUAUGCCAUAAAUCUAUUGGCAGACACUUUGGGAAAGGCGGAUACGUUUGUCGAGAUUGUGGGGUUGUAGUUCACAAAGGUUGUCAUGAUAGAAUUGAUCAACGCUGCCCUUCUGCGAAAAUAACAUCAGUGGAAAUGAUAUACGUAAUGCCAACUGAAACAUAGAAAAUAAAGCCAAUAAUCGAUUAUCAUUAUAUUUUGGAAUUUUAGUGUUUUCUGGACUAUUCAAUAAAUUUGUCUUAUAAUGUGAUAUGCGAAUCCUUUCCUUGGUUAACAUGGUGCAAUAUAUACCCUUGAUAGAAACGGUGCCUUUGUGAAUGAAUAUAAAUUAAUUAACUUUUUAAGUUGUCAAUUAUAUUGAUAAAUUUUUCGUAUAAUAUGUAAAUUAUAUAUUAUAAUUAAUAUU